AUGACAAUCAGAAAAAAUCGUCGUGCUCCCAUUAAUAAAAUUAAAAAAACUCACCAGUCCGGUGCCAUUAAAAGAAAAAGAAAGAUUUGUGCUUUUGAAUUAUUCUCCAAGGAUGUCCAUGGUCACAUGAAUAAAUCCAAUAAGCAUAAAGUCAAUAAAAACAAAUCCAUUCCGAAAGCGGCCAAACUUUGGGAAAAGAUUCCAAUUGAACAAAAAAAUCAAUAUGAAAUUCGUGCACAUAAUUCCUUAGAUCACGAAUUUCAAAUUACUGUUUUUGAUUCUCAUCCGACUAAUCAUCAUAAUAGAGUAGCAACCGAUGCACCUAUUGAAGUUGCGCAGACAGAAACAUUAUUCAUACCCAGUGAAUCCUCGUCAAUCGAACCACCUACUGAGCUCGUAUCAGCUCCUGUUCUCCCAUUGUUUAAUACGUUCUCACCGUACACUAUCGAUUUCACACCACCUUCAACUGAUCUCACAUUGUUUACUACUGAUUCUGCACCGGUUAUUAUCGGUCCCACGCCGUCUAUUAUCGAUCCCGUACCGUUCAUUACUACUGACCACGCCCCAUCUACUACUGAUUUCGCACUGUUUGAUACAAAUCCCACACCUGAUUACUACCAACCCUCUAUCGGAUUUUUCCCUGAUCGCUACACCGUUAUUACCGAUUCCGCGGCGAAUUUCAGUGACACAUUCAUUCCCAUGAAUUUUGAUUGUUACGAAUAUUGA